GGGGGGCAAACGUGCACGCGUCAGGUGCGUGCUGCGCGUGUUCUUGUUGACGAUUGGCUGAGCGCUCACGUCCAAUUACCAUCAACAUGUGUGGCAGCGGCAGUCUCACCUUCACCUUUUAAUGGUGCUGUUGGAGGCGCACACGUCUUUGAACGCACCAUGGACUCCAACAGAAGUUUCCAGCCCUGGAAAGACUACAUGGGAUUAUCCGAUGCAGUUCGGAAGAUAAUGUGUCAAAACAACGCUGCGCUUACACAACCGGAAGCGUCUCAUUUACAACCGGAAGCUUUGAGUGCGUCUUUAAGAGACGUGCAAAGAUGGGAACUUCAUCCGAGUUGUGUCGCGUCUCCUCCGGCGUCGGGAGCAGAACUUCGUGCACCAGUCGCAGGUCUGCGCGAAAAUCUUCCCGACGCUCCUGCAGGCAAGGAAGGAGGGUUAAGAGAUCGCAGGAUGCACCUGAACACACCUGAGCCGCCAUCACCUACACGCAUGACGUGCACUUUCUGCAAACACAACGGGGAGUCCCAGGUGGUCUACUCGUCCCACUGGCUGAAGACGCUCUCCGGAGACGUUGCCUGUCCUUACCUGCGCAGGUACGUGUGUCCUCUUUGCGGGGCUUCCGGCGACAAAGCGCACACCAAACGCUUCUGUCCCAAAGUGGACGUCAACUACAAGUCUGUGUACGUCAAGAACAGACGCUGAACUUCUCAUGUGUUUUGUUUGUCAUCAUUUCUGUUAUUGUUGUUUCUAACAAGUCAGCAACUGAUGGAAUAGCAAAACUUCUCUUUUAUUGCUUUUAAAUCAUAAGAAAAUAAUUACUUGUAUUUUUUAAAAACAAACUGUGAAAUUUGUGUUUUACUUUCAUUCUUGUGUGCAAGUAUUUGAAGUAGUUUGCAGUGUUAUUCAUAGUAUUGUAUUUAUUUGUAGUAGUUUGCAGUGUUAUUGUAUUUGUAGUGGUUUGCAGUGUUAUUGUAUUUAUUUGUCGUGGUUUGCAGUGUUAUACAAAGUAUUGUAUUUAUUUGUAGUAGUUUGCAGUGUUAUUGUAUUUGUAGUGUCGUGUGCAAUGGUCUUAUAUG